AUGUCAAGACUUACUGGACGGUCGAAGGCCGGCAGCGACAUAAGGAAGUCUACACAUCAAGAGAUGGAAGUUCCCUCACAGGGACGGACUCGGUCGCAUCGAACGAAGAAGAUUGAUGAGUUGGGUGAAGAAGAGUCGGGGAUACCAAUUGUGGAUGCUGAGGAUGACUUUCCAGAGGGCGGUCUGCGUGCUUGGCUUGUUGUCGCAUCGGCGUGGUUGAUGCUGUUCCCUUCAUUCGGAUUUAUGGUUUCUAUUGGGACGUUACAGGAUUACUGGGGUCAGAAUCAGCUCAAGGAUAUGUCGGCAAGAGAUAUUGGCUGGAUACCGUCGGUCUUUGUGUAUCUUUCACUCGCGCUGGGAAUCUGGGUGGGACCGCUGUUCGAUCGAUACGGACCGAGAUGGAUUGCACUGAUUGGAAGUGUAGCCUUCCUGCUCAUGAUCUUCUUGCUUGCUGAGUGCAACAACUUCUGGCAGAUGAUUCUUUGCUGCGGCAUAUUGGGAGGUUUCUCUGGUGCAAUGCUGACCACGACGAGUCUGGCAGUGGUUGCGCAUUGGUUCAAGGAACGUCGUGGUCUUGCGCAAGGUAUCGCCAUGAUGGGUAGCUCCGCUGCCGGUUUGACCAUUCCUCUGGUGUUACGAACAACCCUCCCAAAGUACGGGUAUACUUGGUCACUCCGCAUCCUGGGCUUUACCUUCCUGUUCUGCUUCAUCAUCGCCAAUAUACUGAUGAAAGCUCGUAUCCCGCCAUCAGCCGCAGCGAAGAACAAAGCCAUCAUCUCGUUUUCCAUAUACGGUGAUUUGAGACUGAGUCUUUUAACUCUCACCGUGUUUGGUUUCGAGAUCGUCUUGUUUGGAGGCUUGGGAAUCUUGCCCACGUACGCAACGUUGAGCACCGACUUUCCACCAGAUACAGGCUUCUACCUUAUCUCAGUACUUAACGGAGUCUCUUGCCUUGGACGCCUGCUCCCAGGAUAUGCUGCAGAUAAGAUUGGACGAUUCAAUACGCUUUUAGUUAUGAUCAUCUUCACUCUUCUCUGGAUGCUGGUACUCUGGUUGCCUCUUGGUACAAAAUCGCUACCGGCACUCUACGCUUUUGCGGCACUCUUCGGAUUCGGUACAGGCUCCUGGAUGGCUCUAACGCCUGCAUGUGUAGGGCAGUUGUGCAGGGCGGAAGAGUUUGGCAGGUACUACGGAAGCAUGUACUUUAUCGCUUCUCUCGCGACACUGGUUUGCAUUCCCAUCAGUGGAGAACUCGUAGAGACGGUUGGACCACAGCCGAUGGUGGCUUUCUUCUGUGCGAUUCUUGGGUUGAGUCUGAUUAGCUUUAUGUUUAGUAGGUGGGCAUGUGUGGGAAGGCGCUGGACGUUGAAGGUAAAAGUGUAGGCGACAGAAGUUGUUGUGGGGUGACAGUUGAUUCUUCUUACUAUCCAGAGAUAAGUAUCGCAAUUGUCAAUGUGCCAAUUUGAAUGAUGCAUGAGAA